CCCCUUCCUUUUUCCACCAUGAAGAUCAAAAUAGCAGCCUUUUUAGCCGCAAUUCUGGGCAUCCUCAGCAUCUUCCUUUUUCUAGUAGCCUUCGGGACAGACUACUGGCUGCUGGUGACGGAAAAGUGUGGAGGAUUCGAAGCGAAGAACAGCAAUAUCUCCUCUGAAAAGGAUGGAAAGCACGUCUGGAAAGAAGGUGAUAAAGGGAUCCUGACCUUCCAUCAUGAAGGUUUCUUUUGGCGAUGCUGGUUCUUUGGCGAAGAUUACAAAGAGACUAUAUGGAAUUUCUGGUUUA